AUGGCUGCAGUAUCAAGAACAUCAUUAUCAAAAGCUGAACAUGAUGAACUUUCUUGCGUUUUUGCAGCUUUAAUUCUCCAUGAUGAUGGAUUAGAAAUCACAGUACCAGUUAUUUAGGCUGACAAACUAUCUAAAAUCCUCACAACAUCUGGAAACCAAGUAGAAAAAUAUUGGCCUACUCUUUUUGCAAAUGCUUUAAAGGGACAAGACCUUGCAAGACUCUUAAGCAACUUGGGAGCUGGUGGAAGCGCACCUGCUGGAUCAGCUGCUCAAGCUGGAACUACAGCUGCUACAGAACAACCUAAACAAGAGGAAAAGAAAGAAGAGCCUGCUGAAGAAGAAGUCGUAGAAGGAGCUAUGGAUCUUUUUGGAGGUGAUGAAUGGUAA